AUGGCAGUUCAGAAGCGAGAGAGGAUAUACCAUCUGGGCUCCCUACCGCCAUUCUUGCUGGUCCUGGCCGGGAACAUCAAGGCCGUGGAUCACCGGUGGAACCAGCAUGGGCUCGGCGGGGAUAACUUUGAAGGAAAAUGCAGGAAUCUGCACCCGGGGCCGAUCAGCCUUCUGCAUUGGAGUGGGAAAGGGAAGCCGUGGCUAAGGCUCGAUUCGAGGAAGCCGUGUAUUGUGGAUUAUCUGUGGGCUCCUUAUGAUCUCUACCGCUCCUCCAAGCAUGCUUUGGAAGAGUGA